GUAAGAAGAGCCCACCUGCUGAGGACGAAGUUGUGUUAACACACAUGAAGAUACUGAGCAAGGAAGGAAUUCAAAACCCAGGGUUAAUCCCAGAGGCUCCAGCUGACACAGCCUGCACCGAGGAGUCCCAUCUCCCUGGCACCAGCCUCCCACCUGAUUGCCAGGGAAAUCCAAGUGCGGCAGCCACGCGGGCAGAUCCAGACUAUGCAGAUGCCCUGGCAAGCACAGACUAUGUAGCUACGCUGCCUGACCUCAGCGCCUUCGAGUCCAAGUGCCGUCUUCACAGGUUUUCCAAAUUUGAAUCUGAGGACUCGGGGGUUGAAUUGCCAAGUGGGGCUAAUUCUCCAUCAACACCGACGGGUUCUGAGAAGAGCUUUGUGCUUCACAGUAGAGACUCAUUUUGUGACUCGGGCGUGCUUAGCACCUCUUCUUCUCCAGAAAUUGACCAUCUGAUAAUGAGAACAUGUCAAGAGCAUACCAGAAAAGUCAGCCACCAAGAUCCAGAGAGUGAAAAGCAAGCUGAGUACUGCAGCCAGGAGUCAGAUGCUGUGGCGGGUCCUAUAGCUUCCCUUGAAGACUUCAGUAUCCCUCAGGAAGAAAGUCCUGAUGAACAUUUUGACCAAAGCAAAAGACAAUCUCUGGAAAAAGAACCUACUCCAGAGACAGACCUUCCAAGGGAAAGCAUUCUUCCCACCCCAGCUUCCACAGAAGAGCCAAAGACAAUUGAUGACAAUUUCCCAGAGAACUUUGGCAGCACGCAAGACCUUCAGAUCCAUGGACAUCAGCUGAAGAAGUACCCCACAAGCGACAGUCUGGAUGAAUACAUGGAUGAAUGCUGUAGACUGAGCGAGGUGAAUCAGGGUAACAGCAAAGCCCUGGGAUCUGGUCUGGGUUACCUGGAGCACAUUUGCCAACUGAUUGAGAAGAUUGGGCAGCUGCAGGAGCACAACCUGCGUCUCCAGAAACAAGUGUGCAGCUUGCAGAAGGAGCAGAAGAUGAGCCAGAUAAAAGAGGAGUACCUUCUGCAGCAUUGCUCCUGUGGAGCUACCAGUGUCUUCCUCAACUCGUACCAAGAUAUGAAGACGUUUUCUUCUAGAAGAAGCAGACCUCACAGCCUCAUGGUUCAGACUGGAAACACUUCUGAUCUUUCCAUCAUCCCAGAAAUAGGAGUGAACACUGAAAAGCUGAGCAGCUGCAAUGGAGGAGACAGACACUCGGAUUCAGGAAACAACCAGCUGAUGGCAGGGCUCAGGAAGUCAUCAAACAAUAGGAACAACAAGGAGAAUGAGUUCAGAGAAGCUGGUAGUGUGGCUGAGGGACAGACUUUUCCAACAAAGGACUCUGCAGUAAGAAAGGGUCUGGACAUCAGCAAGAACAUCUCGAGUGAGAGCCAUGCUUGGGGGAGAAUGAGAGAUCUGAUGAGGAAGACACGGCUGAGAAACCAGAACAAGCUAGGACUGUCCUCUGCUGCUCUCAAAAGGUCCUGUCCACAGUUGUACAGACAGCUUGUACCUACCUUACAAAAUGAACUGGGAAUCUUGUAA